AUGACAGGCGUGGUUGUCCUGCCCAAGGACAAUAACUCUAUAGCUGGGAAGUGGACAAAGGCUAGCAAUGUCUCCAAAGGUCCCUCACCUCAAGGAGAAUCCUUGGAUGUACCAUCAACUGGGCAGCAUUGUCCAGAUGGCUCGGGAGGAGUAUCAGAGAGGGAUCCAACAGACAUCAACAAAGGCGAUUUCACGCAUCUGUGGUAUAUAGAGAAACCGGUCGAGGAAAAAGUUGAAUUGUGCAAAAUCAUGACUGAUAUUGAUCCAGUGAGCAAGAAAAUGGAGAAAGAAAAUCAAGAUCAAGGCAAGAUCAGGAUGCAGUCUUGUUUCAGUAGAAGGGUUAAAUAUAAUAGUAAAGUUAAAAGGAUUGGACCACACAUAGAAAUAUUUCAGCUGUUCCGGAAAAAGAAAAAACCUAAAACGGACUCAAAAAUGAUUGAAAAGGUCGUUGUAAUGCAGGCAGCUGUCAGAGGGUGGCUUGAACGCAAACGAAUGCAAAGAAUACUGGCCAAGGUUUUGGAUCAUGGGAAAGAUUUGAGAGAGGUAAUUAACAAGUAUUCCUCCCAAAUCUAUCGUGUGAAAUAUGGACUUGGUCUUCCGAGGACAAGACAAAUUUUACGCUUAUCAGAUUUAGAGGAAUGGAUGGAUAGAAAAAAAUACUAUGAAACAAUGUUUGCUAAGAGACAAGACUGGCAAGGAAUAAACAGAAAUGAGCUCCUUAAAUUCUUUAAUGACUGUGGUCAUUUCCCAGCUCUGCAUCAAAUUGAUGACAUUUGGAACUUGGUCCACAUAGGACAGAAUGAUAGAUACAAUGAAGUCAUCAAGAAGAAUGUUGCCAUUGAAAUGUUAUUUACACUCUAUCCUCCUCAAGGAGCCCAAGUGAAGGAGAAUAAAAGAUCUGUGUCAACUUGGUUGAGACCCAUCGUAGAUGGGGAAGAAGGCUAUAAAUAUAUAGUGACUAAUCAUCCAAUACUCAAGAGAGCAGAUAUCAGAAUUGUUGGGAAGUUAGUUGCCAGAUCUAUAAGAGAAAGGAAAAUAAGACAGCACCGUUUAUUGUAA